GAUAUCCGCCCAGCGCCCCCGACCCUCCUGCAGAGGCCACCGGCAGCCCGCAGCGAAAGGCGGGAGAGGAGGUUCGCAACUAUGCUCAGGAGUCCCCCGGCCUGGCACUCGGAGCCGGGAUGCUGGCACUGAACGGCGUGGCACUGGCUGCCGGAUCCCCAAUCAGUCCAGCGGAAGAGCUGCCUCCUUCCGCCCUGGAGGAGACGCCCUUCCCGCGCGCCCUCAGCACCAGCGUCUUCGGCUUCGAAACGAUCCUGACGGGGCUGGUGUACCUCUCCUUCGGGAUCUUCCUCUACCAGAUGAUCCAGAGAGCCGUGGACGCGAGACUCAUCACCUCAUUAACGUCGCCAAGCGGUGGGAGGAGCGCCAGCCAGUUCGAUGUCGGCGCUCUGUUGCAGUCCUUAGAGGAGAUUCCAGACGUGGCGUCAGAGAUGGCACUGGUGGGCGUGAAGGGGCUGGAGGUGUGGUCCCAGCGCCCGUCCUGCCUCCCGCUCUUCCUCUGCCGCGCCAACUCCCCCCACAGCCAUCAGCGGAGCCGCCAGCCCGCCCUUGCACUGACCAGUUCUGCAGUAACCCUCUGGGCGGGGCUACAGAAUCCCAACGCAAUACUCGAGGGAGCCCUUGCUACGUGGAGGGGCGCAAAAGGCUACGCGUGUGACGACGCCUACCUCCAGUGCUACGCUCCUCAUCGGCUCAAAAGCCUAGACUGAAUAACCACUCUGCCACCUGUUACGCUUCAAGCUCCGUGGCAGACCAUUUCCUGUGGGAUAUAAUCACUACAUUUCACGCUCGGAAACUGUGGCGGGCUUACCACAAGCCGUGCCAUCGGUGGUCAUAAUUGCUUAUUAUAUUGCUAAGUAGCGUUGCAAAAACUGUAACCAUUACCUACUUGGCAGGCCCUUGUGGUAGUAAGGUAAGGGGACUGAAACGUCGGUCAUAUCGACACGAAAGAAAUGGUGAAGCUGAAUUUUGAUGAAGUCUGCCUUACUUGGAAAGGGCCGGGGAUGAAUAGAUGAAUGCGUGAUUGCGUAGAGUUGGCCACGCCCACUCGCCGCACCUGAUGCCUCUGGCUUGUGCACGAAAUGUGAGGCUGCGACGUCAGUGAUCUAUGUAUGGGCAUUAUU